GUAAAAUCAAAAAUGGAGAAUCCUCAAGAAUUAGUGCCAUUGGAAGCUGGCAUCACCCGACCUCGGCUAAACCGCCAUUGCAGCCACCUAGCUUCGCGUGGUUGCUUCCGAGGGCCCAUCAGGAUCUGCAGACUGCUGGUGCUUCUCAUCUUGCUGCCAAGCGUGUUCAUAUUCCUGCCGCUUUACAUGAGAUACCGUGUGUUUUCAGGACAAAUGUACCCUAUGAGUAUGACAGAUAUGAGACUGAUCGAUGGCAGAAUAUCAACGACGUGGUGUCAAACACAAGUCGUCAGAUCUAACACUACCUUCAACGCGUUCGUGGUGCCAGGUCCGCCGCAACUGACCGACGAGCUGGUGCCAGUCUCCAUGACCAGGGAACUGGAGCUCAAUGACGACAUGAAGGAGUACUGGGGCUUCUACCUGCUGAAGGGGUCUACUGUCACUGUGUCCACGUGCGUCAGAUGGCCAGGAGCAUCGCUGAUAAUGAUCAAAGGGUACAAACACUUGCAAGAGUGCGCGUACAUCGGGGACGAUUCUUCAGAGGAGUUGGACGAGCUAAUGGAGGCCAACAAGCUGGGGCUGAUCUCCGACGACUUGCUGCUGGAGAAAAUACAGCAGCUGAAGAAGGUGGACGGCAAGGCGAAUCAACCAGGCACGAUGAAGCGUCAUAAAGCUGGUGUUAGUUUCCAUGAUCCAAGCCACACCACCAAUGUCACGUCGCCAGAAUCGGUGCCAACUGCUGAUAUCACGGAGCAGGACCCUAAGGAACUCCGAGAGCUUCUGGAACGUCUCCACGCCUUGCGUCAAGCGGCUAAAGACGAGCUUGCGAAGCACUACCGGCCUCCCUCGCACCUCAUGUCGCUGCCGAGCUUGCACCGCCACCGUGAUACAAAUGUGGACAGGGAUGAGUUUAAAUGGAUCUCUUUCACUGAUAUCGAGAAUAAAAAUAAAGCCAACAAUACGAGAAUCACCACCAAUGAAGCACGUACCAUAAUACCCAUAUCCGUAGCCCAUAAUGUCUCUUCAACAGUCGAAGAGGAACAAAAAGUACCUGAAAAAAGUAUCACACACGCCAGCAUGACUGAAAAAGUAGAAAAUAUUAAAGAAAAAGAAGAAGAUAUCCAAGAAACAGCUACAACAGAAGAUGAUAGACCAAUCAAAGAAGUCGAAACGAAAUAUACGACACAGGUACCACCUACGACACCCAACUUGAUCGAUCAAGAAACUUCUCGCGAAAUCUUUGAAGACGUGUUCCAGAGGCUGCAGGCGCUAGGAGACAGAGGCAAAAGGGUGGUCACCAGACUUCACGAAACCAUGGGGGUGGAGUACAAUCAGACUUCGAAUAUAAUGUCGACUAUCACGGGAAGUGAUGAGGAGCUGGACAGACUGAGAAGAAUAUUGGUAGAAGCCAUAGACGAGGAGAAAACUCGGACCCAGAGACAAGAAAGGAGACGCCAAGCUAAUGAAAACGCGCGUGCCAAACGGGAGCUCAUGCUAGGACAGAUUGAGCUUCAGAAGCAACUCAACGAAGAUGAUGAGGCCAGGGACUAUGCAGCUGAAGAGGACCUCCAACCUGAUGGCUACGCGGAACACCACGAGCAAGUGACAGAAACGCCUACGGGGCUGGACAUGAGCAACUCCGAGUUCUGGUCAUCGUUUUCAAGCAGUGAAGAGGCUUUGCUAGCCUGCGAUGGACUUAUACUCAACUUGCCACUGACUCCACAUCCAUCGUGCCAUAGACAAGCUUCGGAUGCUGAAGGAUUUACCGCAGCUAGGGCAAAUGCCCUCACAUACAGAGUACCGUCGAACGGCUACUACUUCUUCGUAUUCAACUCGGAGAACGAAGUGCAGACGAACUUCAUAAAGGCACGCUUCGAACUGCAGAAGACGCGGUACGACGUUGCAAGGACCGCACUCAGGGAGUGCAGGAAUAGCACGGCGAGGUGCGACUUGCCGUUAGACAUAUUCUCCAGUCAGAAGGUGGUUCUAGAAGUGCCCUUGCGCAACAAUGACUCGCUGUGGAACGAGCAGUUCGUGAUCAUCUCCGAAUGUGAACCCCGUACCUCAGUAUACCUGAUCUGCGUAAUCGCUGUGCCAUUACUCAUUAUGGUGUUCGCAUUCCAAUAAAACUCGAGAGUGAAUAAAAUGUGGUCCGUCUAAACCUCCUUGAUGCCAGCACAUCGGUAGUAUGUAGGACUUCGUAUGAAUAUACAUAUAUACACUAGCUGUGCCCCGCGGUGUUACCCGCGGUUUAUAAGGGAUAUUUUACAGUAAAACGUAGCCUUAUUUUUUUUAUAGAUAGGUCCGACAAAUGACUCCACCCACCUGAUGUUAAGUGAAGGUGAAGUCCAGACGCGAAGAUAGCUGGUACAGCAGUUCUACCUGCCACACCAGCCAUCCUCACCCUGCCGGCCUGCAUGUUGCUUCUUCACGCCUCUUUUAAAGGAUCCCAGGUUGUAAGAGGGAGGGAACACGUGAGCGGGCAGAGCAUUCCAUUAACGGAUAGUGCGACAAAAAAAAGAGUCACCAAAUUUCUUUGUAGCCUAUGUGUCCUGGAUUAUCACAUGGAUGUAACCUGGAUGUCAGCUUCCUCCAUACCAAAUUUAAUUAAAAUUUCUCCAUCCGUUUAGACGUGAAGAAGUAACAAACAUAC